AUGUCUUCCAAAUUGACCCAUGUUUUCACUUUGCGCGGACACAUCUCGUCCGACAGCAUCGACGUGGGGCAGCUGCAGUCAGGUCCUCAGCGCGUGAUCGGGGCCCUCGAGGGUGGCGACUGGGUUUUGGUUGAUGCUGCCACCAACACCGCCAACAUUGAUGUGCGCACACAUGGCAAGAUAGCGAAUGUAGAGGGUGUCUAUGUGCAUUAUACGGGCGCAUUAAAGGUUGACGAGGCGGCGGCCAACUUCCUCGCGACCACGCCCGACGCGAAAUCCACCAAGUUCGGUGACCAUGACUGGUGGUGUCGGCCCUUUAUCGAGACCAACGUGCCCCAGUUCAAGUGGACCGAAUCCACUCUGUUUGUCUAUCACGGACGAUGCAUCUGGGAGAACAGUCGCCGGUCGAUAGAAUAUCAAAUCUUCGAGGGCCUCGCAUUUACCGCCAUGUCGAAUCUUACCGAGACCAAGAUUGCGUUGGAGAAGUCUGCCGCACACCAUGUCGAAGACACUUUGGGCCAGGGUGCCAUCAUUGAGGCCAAACAGGCCGCCGACGAGGAACAUUCCCAAACCCUCUGGCAGGGCGUAUGCAAUAAUCGCAAGGCCGUGGCAUAA